AUGGUGUAACAUGUGUCGGAUCAUUCCAGAAGCAGCGUCGCACUUUCUCUGCUGUCCAUCUCCGGUGAGCCUCGCCGCACUCAAGUCUUCAUUCCAGCCUAAGACUCACUAUCUGGGACAUUCCAGGCACGCAUCUGUUCCUGACUUCAACAUAAAUCCACUCGUUCGAUUAUAUUCUAUUAGCCGAGCUGUCAGAAUGUUAAGCUUAGCGAGCAGCGUUUCAAGGACUCUCUGGACAAGCAACGGUACACGGAAUGUGUCGUCCCGGCUCACAAAGGCUUGCUGGAGCGGCCUCCAGUCUGACGUUCACAGAGCCUUGUCCAGAAGACACUAUGCGUCAGAAGCUGUCAAGGGUGCGGUCGUUGGAAUUGACCUGGGAACCACCAACUCGUGUGUUGCUGUCAUGGAGGGUAAACAAGCAAAGGUGUUGGAAAACACAGAGGGAGCCAGAACGACUCCUUCAGUUGUAGCCUUUUCUGCUGAUGGAGAGCGUCUAGUUGGAAUUCCGGCUAAACGCCAGGCCGUCAUCAAUCCUCAGAACACACUGUAUGCCACAAAGAGGCUAAUUGGCCGUCGGUUUGAUGAUUCAGAAGUCCAGAAAGACAUGAAGAAUGUGCCCUACAAGAUUGUGCGUGCUUCCAAUGGUGAUGCCUGGGUGGAGGCUCAUGGAAAAAUGUACUCACCCAGCCAAGUUGGUGCCUUCGUCUUGAUAAAGAUGAAGGAGGCUGCAGAGAACUACCUGGGAACUAAAGUGAAGAAUGCUGUAAUUACAGUCCCGGCUUACUUCAACGACUCUCAGAGACAGGCAACCAAAGAUGCUGGUCAAAUUUCUGGUUUGAACGUGUUGCGUGUGAUAAAUGAGCCCACGGCCGCUGCUCUGGCCUAUGGCCUGGACAAAACCCAGGAUAAGAUUAUUGCAGUGUACGAUCUUGGUGGAGGCACAUUUGAUGUCUCCAUCUUGGAGAUACAGAAGGGAGUUUUUGAAGUGAAGUCCACCAACGGCGACACCUUCCUGGGAGGGGAGGACUUUGACCAACAUCUCCUCAAAUACCUUGUCAAGGAGUUCAAGAGAGAGUCUGGUGUUGAUCUCAUGAAAGACAACAUGGCCAUUCAAAGAGUCCGAGAGGCUGCUGAGAAGGCAAAGUGUGAGCUAUCAUCCUCACUACAGACAGACAUCAAUCUUCCUUACCUGACCAUGGACGCUUCUGGACCCAAGCAUCUUAACAUAAAAUUAACUCGCGCUCAGUUUGAAGACAUUGUGGCCGACUUGAUCCGACGCACAGUGGCUCCCUGUCAGAAGGCCAUGCAGGACGCUGGGGUGUCCAAGGGAGACAUUGGAGAGGUGCUUCUUGUCGGAGGGAUGUCUCGCAUGCCAAAGGUCCAACUGACUGUCCAGGACCUCUUUGGUCGUGCUCCCAGCAAGUCCGUCAACCCUGAUGAGGCUGUUGCCAUAGGAGCGGCCAUCCAGGGUGGUGUUCUGGCAGGAGACGUCACUGAUGUGCUGCUAUUGGAUGUAACGCCGCUGUCUCUGGGAAUUGAGACUCUGGGCGGAGUUUUCACCAAGCUCAUCAACAGGAACACAACAAUUCCAACCAAGAAGAGCCAGGUGUUCUCUACAGCAGCUGAUGGGCAGACUCAAGUAGAGAUCAAAGUGUGUCAGGGGGAGAGAGAGAUGGCAGUAGACAAUACGGUACUGGGUCAGUUCUCCUUGGUGGGAAUUCCCCCAGCCCCCCGAGGUGUUCCACAGAUUGAGGUUGCUUUUGACAUUGAUGCCAAUGGUAUUGUUCACGUGUCUGCUCGGGACAAAGGGACAGGCCGGGAGCAGCAAAUCAUCAUCCAGUCAUCUGGAGGUCUCAGUAAGGAUGAAAUAGAGAACAUGAUAAAAAAUGCUGAGAAGUAUGCAGAGGAGGACAGGAGGAAAAAGGAACGUGUGGAAGCUGUAAAUAUGGCAGAGGGCAUUGUUCAUGACACUGAAUCAAAGUUGGAGGAAUUUAAGGAACAGCUUCCUGCUGAUGAGUGUGCCAAGCUGAAAGAAGAAAUCACCAAGGUCAGAGAUCUUCUUGCCAACAAGGACUCGGAGACAGGAGAGAACCUCAAGCAGGCAGCCACUAAUCUGCAACAGGCGUCACUCAAACUAUUUGAAAUGGCAUACAAGAAGAUGGCAGCAGAACGGGACAGUAGUAGUGGUAGCAGCAGCAGCAGCAGCAGCUCGGACAGUGGGAAGAAAGAAGACCAGCAGUAAUGGUUCUUGUCGCUGAUUCUGUUUGUGUGAGAGAGCGUGUGUGUGUGUGUGUGAGAGAGACGGAGUGUAUAUGUAUGUAUGUGAAAGAGAGUGAGUGGGGGUAUGUAUGUGAGAGAGAGAUCAGGAGAAUUUUUGAGGGCUGCGAUUUCUGUUGUCUUUUGUAAUAAAAUAUAUAAGUUUGAGUAUUUGAUCCAAGUUUGCUUUGUAAGUAAUGUGGCAAUUUGUAAUCUGACAUCGAUAUAUUUUCAUUGGACAAGUUAUUGAAUGACACUUGAAGACAAUGUAGUCAGUAUACACAUUGUGUAACUGUAAAUGUGUUCUCAGAAUAAGUCCCCACAUCCAUGUAUGUCUAAACUGGCAAAAGUACCGGGGUGCACUAUAUCCGCCUGUUAAUUCAGAUGGCAAAAAAAAUUAUCCGAAAAGGUGAGAUCACCUGUACUCUGCAGUAGGUGGGUUAGUGUCUGAUAUAAAUUCAAGAUACGACACGCCCUUUUGGGCUGUGAGUAAGCAAGCAGAGGCCAGGUGGAAAUGUAUUUUGUUUUGUAAACAACACAGAAAUGAAGACAAGACAACAUUGUGCUGCAUAUGCUUGCAAAAUAUGAUGUACAGUCAAAGGGCACUUUGUUUCUUUUUGAUCAAAUGUGUAUUAAAGACAUGACUUGACUGACAAUAAAGUAAACUGUAUGAAAAUCAGUCAAACUAA